AUGCUAAGUCGAUUAGUAUUGAAGAGGACCUUUCGACCGGAUAUUUUGCGGGCGUUAUCGGUUGCAGGAGGAUCUGCUCCGGUCCUCACUCAGCCCAGAAAGUCUUUCUCCACUACUCGCUCACAGUUCAAUCAGGAGAAAUUCGUUUUCCAAGCUGAAACCAAGAACUUGAUGGACAUAGUUGCAAAAUCUCUAUAUUCGCAUAGUGAGGUUUUUGUCAGAGAACUUAUCUCUAAUGCUUCGGAUGCACUUGAAAAGAGAAGAUGUGAAGAAUUGAAAGGAGUAGUAGCUGAAGGGCCCAGUGAAAUCCGAAUCACUACUGAUGAGACCGGCAGAAAGAUUAUCUUUGAAGAUACUGGAAUCGGAAUGAACAGAGAAGACCUUGUUAACUGUUUGGGAACUAUAGCUCGUUCUGGUAGUAAAGAAUUCAUGGAGAACAAUAAGGAGAAUGCCGAAGCCGUUAUUGGACAAUUUGGAGUUGGUUUUUAUUCCGCUUUCAUGGUGGCUGAUGCUGUAACCGUAACAACUCGCAAAGUUGGUUCAUCUCCUAAUGAAGGCCUACGCUGGACUUGGAAUGGGGAUAACUCUUAUGAAAUCGCCGAUGUUGCUGAUGCUCAGACAGGAACCAAAAUUGAAAUCCACUUGAAAGAUGGUGAAUCAGCCGAAUAUGCUAACAAAGACAGAAUCUCCGAGGUGAUCAAUAAGUAUUCUUAUUUUGUAUCUUCUCCAAUUCUCCUGAAUGGGGAGAGAAUUAACAGUCUCAAUGCCAUAUGGACCAUGCAACCUAAGGAUGUGACGAAAGAGAUGCAUGAAUCUUUCUUCUCACAUUUAGCUAAAUCACAAAAAAAAGCUGAUAUCUUCCAGCGUCCAGCUUAUACCAUUCAUUAUAAGACGGACACUCCGUUGUCAGUGCGCUCUGUUCUCUAUAUCCCACAUCACAACUUCUCGCAAUUAGAAUUUGCUUCUAAUCAUAAGGAAUGCGGACUCUCCUUGUAUGCUCGAAGAGUACUGAUCAAGCCCAAUGCACAGGAGCUCAUUCCAUCAUAUCUGAGAUUUGUCAUGGGAGUGGUAGAUUCAGAAGAUAUUCCUUUGAAUUUGAGCAGAGAAAUGUUACAGAAUAAUCCUAUUCUAAGGAAGCUCAAGAAGAUUUUAACGGACAAGAUACUGGCUUACUUAGCAUCUGAGAUGAAGAAGGAUCCAGUAAAGUAUUCCGAAUUCUAUAAACAAUACAACCUUUUCCUCAAAGAAGGUGUUGUUACUGAAGCCGAUCAAAAUGUGAAGGAAGAUGUCGGAAAGUUGUUGCUGUUCGAGUCCUCCAACUUGAAGUCCGGAGAACUGACAAGCUUGGCUGAUUAUGUCAAACGAAUGCAAACCGAUCAGAAGGAAAUUUACUACAUGUAUUCCCCAAAUCGUAACCUGGCCGAAAACUCACCUUACUAUGAAGUCAUUAAAUCUCAAAACAAAGAAGUUCUCUUCCUUUAUGAGGCUGCCGAUGAAGUAGUUUUCCUCGCUCUCCAACAAUUCCAAAUGAAACAGUUGGUCACUGUUGAACGUUGGGCAGCCCAAGAAGCUGAAAAGCCUGAGGAACAAAAAGAGUCAAAGGAGUUCCGUGAUGUAGACAAGAAAGAGCUUCUUGACUGGGUCAAAAACACUCUGGGAUCUGUUAAAGUUUUCGAGAUUGCUGGCAGUCACAGACCUUCGGAGCAUCCAUGUAUGAUAACUGUGAAACAUGAAAUGGGGGCUGCAAGGCAUUUUUUAAGAACUGGUGAAGUUAAAGAUAUGGAACACUUGGUGUACUUCCAACCAACUCUUCAUGUGAACUUAACUCAUCCUCUAGUCAAAAGUUUAUACCAACUCAAGCGAUCUGAUCCGGAAGUUGCUGCUCUGUUAGUAGAACAGAUUUACGAUAAUGCCCUGAUAACGGCUGGUCUCAUCAAGGAUUCCAGUAAGAUGGUCGGCAGACUGAACAAGUUGUUGACCAACUUGGCUGGAGGCAAAGGAAAAUCCACAAUCCUCACUCCU